UUUAUUUUGCCAUGCUCUCGCAUAAAAACCAGUGUGAAACGAAACGGUGUUGUGCGGUGUUGUUCGGUUGUCAUUUGCCGUUAAAAAUCAAUGUAUAAUAAAGUUAUUGCUGUGUUUGAAAGUAAAGAACUGCAUAAAUAACAAAAUAUUAAAAAUUUAUAUGCUCGCCAAUAAUUUGUUUCUUGUUUUUUUUACGUGUAUAUUCGCUAAUUUUGUUUGUUGUUUUAAAUUGUGUGCGAAAAACAUGUUUCAACAAGCGGAGACAAAUUUAUUAAAUUAAUGGAUAUAUAGACGCUACUACUCGUACAAAUAAUAAAACAAAUUACGCAUAUUAUAAAUAAAUAAAAUUGAAAAAAAAGAAAGUAAAAAAAAUUAUGGUGAAAUUGAAAAAACAAAUAAAUUAAAAGAAGAAAAAGAAACAGCUACUACAACAAAGUGCAAUUUUACACACACUGAGAGAAAAAAUUUUAAAAGUUAUUGCAAAUAAAACUGAAUUAAAAUAAUAGUAAUUACUUAUUACUAAAUUGUAAUGAAAAGUAUAAAGUAUUAAACAAAAUUAAAAAAAACAACAAAAAUACUCAAGUAUUUCUGCAAAGAAACAAAUUUAUGUGCCAUACAAAAAAAAAUAAAAAUUAAUUUAUACAUUAAACAAAUUCCUAAUUAUUAAAAACAAAAAUAUUUAUUAUUCAUAUAGAACAUUACUUGCAUCCUAUCAAUUAGAAAAUAAUUAUAAAUAAAAGCUUUAAAAAUAACUUAUAACAACAAGAAAGACCUUAAAAAGAAAAUUGUACACGUAAAAAUUAAAAUAAAACUAAACAGAAUAAAACACCUUCCUUUUUGCCACUCUGUUUUGUUCUAACCAACGUGUUGAAAAACAAUAACAAAUCAAAAACAAACAAAAAACAGCAAGGAUAACAUAAAAAACAACUAUAAACAAGUGAGAAAACAACAAAAACAAGACACAAGUGAAAAACAUACAAAUUUGACAAAGUGUAAACAUUGUAUUCAUAACAGUAUUAUUAACACGUAACCUACGUCACAUCGUCAUCAUCAUCAUCAACAAACACACCAAUACCAGCAACAACAACAACAACAUCAGUGUUUGUAAACGAACACAGAACAGAGAAGAGAAAAAAACGAGAGUAUUUUUACCACCAGCCAUCAUCAUUAUUAUCAUCAUCAGCAACAACAAGGGCUACUAUAAAAAAAAAGAACAACUACAUCAGCAACAACAAGAAUAACAGCAGCAAUAAACACCAGGAAUAACUUUACAACCUCAAAUAGCAACACAUUACGACGUUACAGCCGAAGACCCCCCACUCUAAUUCUUGUGAACAACAUUUAUACACAAUCCCCUACUUGACUUGACGUUUUCAUUUUUUUUGUUGGUCCUCUUCGUCUUCUUUAUACUUAUGUACGUUUUAAUUUUGUUAAACGCAUUUUUUUUUUUCGAUUUACUGGCUGUGUGUAUAUUUGUAUGCUACAACACAUCAGCUUGGUCCUACGUUGCUAGGUAUUUGAUUAUAUUGCUGUUGCUUGUGUUACUCCAUACUUCUAUUAUGAUUCUUGAUAAAAUAAACUCUUCUUCUUCUUCUUCGUAUUCCUAACUUACUACUACUCCUGCUUGUUCUUCUCGAUUACAAGUUGUAAAAACAACAACUGAACAGUAGAGUAACUGUGUUUGUGUGAAUGCUUAAAAACGAGACAUCAACACACGAGGAACUGACUCAACUGCCUGACAGCUUGGCUGGUAAAAAAAAAGACAAGCAAAACAAUAAACAAACCCAACAACAAGUCAGGAAUCAUCAUAUAGACAAACAGAAACACACAGGCAAACACAACCAAACAAAUCCAAACACUGGAUAGGAAGACAAAAAAGAAAACAAAAAAAGAAUAACAACAACAAGGAUAACAAUUGCAAAACAAAUAAGAACACAAGCAUAAAAAAAGGCCAAAACAGAAGCUAAAAAUCAAAACAAACUACACGCGGUUUGAUUGUUUUUAUUUGUGGGCCACAAUCAACCAACCAACAAACCACCACCUGUAACCAUUACAAGGACAACAACAACUACAAAUAACGGUUAACAAGUAUAUAAUUGGUCAACAUGUCCUGCAUAUCCUCGAAUUUUAGUUCAUUCUUCCUUAAUUCUCUUAAUGAUCCAUCGGAAUUUUCGAAAUAUUUGAGCAAUGGAGAGCUACGAUUCUCCUCAACGUUCGAAGAUUUCCAGGUCUAUGGACAAAAUAAUGCCCAACAGCAGCAGCAGCAACACUAUCAACAACAACAACAUCAUAUCAAUGGUGGAGUGGGUGUGCUGUGUAAUGCAAAUGGUGAAAUAAUCACCAGUAAUGGCGAUGAAGGCAAUUCGAAUAUUGAAAAUACUCAGCCUAUUGUAACAUCAGUGCAACAUUAUGGCAGCUAUCAAGCCCAACAAAUGCAACAGCAUCAUCUGCAGCAGCAACAGACGAGAUGGGCUUUGCCCCAUCAACAAACUAACCAUCAACAGAAUCUUCCACUAAAUGCAGCUGCUGCAUCUGCGGCCAGUACCAGCGGUGUGGCGACAGCAGGAAAUCAACAUUUCGACGGUUCCUUUGAAUUUAUGAAAUAUUUACGUCAUUCAAAUGACUACAAUGACAACGCACACGAUGCUGGCGGCCAACCUAAUCAAUCACAAUCUUCCCAUGCCAUAGCGGUGGGUACGAAACCAGAAGCUUCCCUAAAUAACGGUCUUAUGGAUUUAGAUAACGCACACAAACGUGCAGCAGCACGCAAAACUCCGGUCUUGUCUUCCGUCAACAGCAAUCAUCAUAACUCCGCAACCAGCAACAGUUCCCAUCCCACACCCAUGGAUAUCUAUGAUCAUGACUCCAAGCACAAUAUCUACGAUUUGCAUCAUAUGAAUUCGAUGCAUAGCUCCAAUUCAAAUGAAUCAUCUAUGGAAUUGUCGUCCAUGAACUAUCCCAAUUCUCACCUAAACGCCUCCAACUCGAAUACAUCGUCAGAGGGUGGCAACACACAAAAUCACAGUGAUUUCUCCAUGCUAAGUGGUGUGGGCAAAUCACAGAAUUCAACCACAGCUAAUGCUGCCACAACGGCCGCAGCUGCUGCAGCGGCGGCGGCGACCGCCUCACCAGCUGCACCCAAACCAUUGGCUACAUUCACCAUCAAGGAUAACUUUGAGGCUCAUCCAUCGCACAAGGUGGAAGAAGGCAUUUUCCAGCAUAUGAACAAACUGCCGCCCAAAAAGAAAGAUAAUCUCAAACAAUUGGGUGUACGUUUUACCGGUCAAAUGACACUCAACGAUAAAUCGAUAAUUGUGGAAAACUUUAUUAAAUUCUGUCAAGAAUAUGAGAUUAAAGAUCAUCGACCGUUUCUAUCACUCAAUCAAAGUGGCCUAAAUAAACCUGAUCAAAUUAAAUUUGCACGUUAUCUUGGACAAGGUUUACCAACAUUUACUCUAUUUUGCAUUUAUAGUAAUUUUAAAAAUUUAUUUUGCACUAAACGUACCGAAAUAUACACAAAGGAUGGCUAUAAUUUGCCUUAUAUCUUAGAUAAAAUAAAGCGCUUCCUAGCAAAUACAACAGCGGGUAAUAAUAACAAUAAUGCCUCGAACACAUCCUCCACAUCCGCAACAACUAAGGAUAGUUCCAGUAAUUCAAAUUCCACAAAUUCAAAUACCACCCCCAAUACUACAACUACCAUGAAUGCUAAUAAUUUAAAUAAUAAUAAUAAUAACAACAACAACAACAAUAAUAAUAAUACUGCUGCAAACGCAGUGCCAGUGGCCAUGCUGAAUGGCAAUAGCAAUGGCAGCAGCAGUAGUAGUAGUGGCGGCACUGGCAAUGACAAUGGUAAAGGCAGUAGCAGCGGCAGCACCACCAUCAGCACCAACAGCAACAUUAUUAGUAAUGAUAUAAUAAAUACACCAACUAAACAAAUUCAUAAUGUGCCAUCACCAGCAACACCAAGAACACCACAAAUACAACAACAGCAGCAGCAAACGCUACAAAUACCAAUACAAACACAAAAUACCCCUUUACCAGCACAUCCACCACCUCCAACACAUGCUACCCACAUAAUGGCAAAUCAUCCAGCUACACCCCAAACUCAUUUACAACAGCAACACCUUCAUCAUCAUCAUCAUAAUCUUCAUCAACAACAACAGCUACAGCAUCAUCCACAUCAGCAGCAGCAGCAACAUCAUCUUGUACAAAUGCCCAUGAGUUCCAUGGUAGUUGUUACCUCGGCACCACCUUCAACCAUAAUGGCUUCACCUUUGCCCCCCACAGUCUCGGCAACAGCAACAGUAACACAAUCUACAACUAAUCAUAAUCAACAUCCCCUUCAUAUGCAGCCAAAUAAUCAUUUACCCCUACAUCAUCAUCCGCACCAUGUCCACCCAGUUGCCAGCCAGCCCCCUUCAAUACAACAUCAUACUACUGCUGCUGUUGUCUAUCAGCAACAACAACAUCAUCAGCAACAACAACAACAGCUACAAAAUCACCAUCCGCUACACAAUUUAGCUGCUCAAAAUCCUCCCCUCUAAAAUAUUUAUUCAAAAUAAUUUUCAUUUUGUCUCAUUCAUUUUUAUUUUUUAUUUUAAUUGUAUUUUUGAGCGCCUCGUUCUAAAUUUUUGUUUUGCUGCUCGUAUUUAG